CAGUGAGCAUAUUGGCUACCCAUUGACCGCUAGAGCCGAAGACGCUUCCUGUUAUGCUCUGAUCAAAAAAACAUGGCGCCGGCCAAGAAGCGCAACGUGUGUUCCAAAACCACAUCAGCCAAUGCUGCAAAAAAGGCUAAAAUCGACCCGAGUUUACAAGUUCAACAAAUUAUUGACAGCCGAAAAAACGCUAACGAUGUUUUUGACGUUCUCGAGUGUCUCCAGUCAGAGAAAGAAAAGGAAGUCAUAUCUGCCAUCAAUGCAUGUUGCCAUUUAUUUGUUGCUCUUCUGGAGAGAAAAGACCUGUUCAUUGGGAAACUUAUUGAUGAAGAAGCGAUGUUGACUGGGGAACACAAUGCUCAAGAUAAGUAUUCCAUGUUCAUGCGGCAUCGUUACAACGACUGUGUGGAGACGUUGCUUCAGCACCUCGUCCACAAGUCUUACGGAGUUAAGGAGUGUGCCCUCGUUGCCCUGAUGAAGCUGGCCGCUGCGGAAGGACAGUACCCUCUGGAGGAUUUGGAUUGGAGUGAACACGUCAGCUUUCCAAGAACACUUAUUCUGGGGGUGGUUGGAAGGCUGCUCUCCAAGGCAGAGGACAACACUAUGCUGAUCUCUAGGUUCACGGAGUACUUGGAGAUGGUGGACGUCCGCUACUACGUCAUGAGCUCCGUCCGGGUGAACGUGGGCUCGGUCAUGGUUAAGAGCAAAGGGGAAGUGAUUCCCGUGUACCAGAACAACGUGUUUACGUUGAUGUCUAGCAUCAUCAUGCCGAGCCAAGAGUCUGAGCUCACAAACUUCAUGGUCAAACAGAAAGAUAAGCAUUCUGAGUGGAAAGCAGCUAAAUUAAACGAACACAAACGCUCCUUUGAGAGGAUGUGGCUCGGAUUUCUAAAGAAUAAGUUGCCAAGCAACAUGUACAAAAAGAUCCUGGUGAUUCUCCACGACUCCAUUCUCCCUAACAUGAGCAACCCAACGUUAAUGAUUGACUUCUUGACGGCUGCCUAUGAUGUCGGAGGAGCAAUCAGUCUACUAGCCCUCAAUGGCCUGUUUAUCCUCAUCCAUCACCAUAAUCUAGAUUACCCGGAUUUCUACAAGAAGUUGUACAACUUGCUAGAGCCCUCAGUGUUCCAUGUAAAGUACAGGGCUCGCUUUUUCCACCUCGCAAACCUCUUCCUCUCGUCCACCCACUUACCGGUGUACCUAGUGGCGGCGUUUGCAAAGCGCCUGGCGCGCCUGGCUCUCACAGCGCCACCAGAGUCCCUCCUCAUGGUGCUGCCCUUCAUCUACAACCUCAUCCGCCGCCACCCCUCCUGCAGAGUCCUCAUCCACCGGCCCACCACCGCAGACGAAUCUUGUGAGGACCCGUAUUUGAUGGACGAAGAGGACCCUAUCCUGAGCCAUGCCUUGGAGAGCAGCCUUUGGGAGAUAAAGACCCUCCAGAGUCAUUACCACCCCGAUGUGACCAGAGUGGCCUUGAAAAUUAACAAGCCUUUGUCGGUGCCAGAGGAGGACAUAGAUGAGCUGUUGGAGAUCACAAAUUUUGAGCUAAUGGAAAGAGACCUGAAAGCGACUAAGAAUGUUCCGCUGGAGUUUGAACCGGCAAAGAAGCUUCUCCAGGGAGGAGGGGGCAUUCUUGGUCAGCACUUCUGCCUGGAGUAGGAGUGUGUUCUUUUGAAACGAAAACCUUUUGGGGUCUUUCAUAUCUAGGCCCCCCCCCCCCCCCCCCCCCCCCCGUUUGAGAACAUUUUGUAAGAACUGCUGUGGAAUAAAUGCUGUUCCGUCUUGCUCCUGAUUUGAUCUGCAAUAUUUCCUAUAAUUCAUUCCAUUUAAAGGGGACAUAUUAUACCACCAGGUGUGAGUGUGAUUAGCCUUACAAGCAGUUUGGAAAAUCUGCCCCAUAUGACAUCACUAGUGGGCUUGUCCACCUAGAUCAGUCUACCAGCCUACCCAGUGGACUGAAGUAAACGUUGCUCAUCUAUCCAGCACAGAUCUCAGUGGACACGCCCACUAGUGAAGUCAUGGGGUAGAUUUUUCGAAACUGCUUGUAAGGCUAUAGACACACACACCUGGUGGCAUAAUGUCCCGUUUAAAGUUUUCUAGUUUCUUAUUUUGAAAUCAAUCUAUCCAAAAUUAGAAAAUCCAACAUUGCCUCCCUGUGCAAAGAUAAGUCAGUGCAGAACUGGCUUGGUUCUAGGCAACUAAAACCACAAGCCUGUUCAAGAGCGCAAAUCCUGUUACCGAAUGAUCUUGUAAUAUACAGUAUUUGUAAGUGAAGGUCCAUUAAACAAUCUUCAUUGGGUUUGUUGUUUGACAUGAUAAAUAAAAUUGCCUUGAGUAAACAAAAUCAGGAUUUAACAAAGAAGGCUUCUGAGUAAGUCAGUUGUAAGAACAGGUUUUUAUUCGACCUCAAAAUUAAAUCACGUCGUUCACCAAAAUAAAAAUAAACUUGGUAUUGGUCUAA